CUGGCGCCUUAGCCAGCGAUUCAUUGAAACAGUAGCACUUCUCUUUGUAGAACAUAAACUUGAGUAAAAUUUACUAUACAUACUUAUAAAUAAUUACUAACGUAAUUUCUGCUCGGUAAACGUUAAAAGGAUUUUCUUGGGUAUCAUUUAUUUAACUUUGUAAGCAGUCGAUGUAUUUGGUUUGAUGUAACGCAACGUUUUCGUUUACGUUAAAUAUCGGAUUGUGUAAAUAUUUAUGACUAAAGGAAAAGUGACAGUUUAGUAUUAAAACGGGCGGCGGCGUCCCUUUCAAUGGAAUGCUAAAUAAAAAGAGUCAUUGUUAACUAUGGCCCGCGAAACGAGACUAAUUAAAAAUAAAGUAGUACAAGUGAUUUUAAUUUUAAGUUCAAUAGCGGUUGUUGGUGGCGCCACUGGCUCUGCAAAGCUCGCAGAAGAGCUUUUGACUGUGCAAGAUGGGUAUUACACGGAUUCCCUUAACGAGGUUGCUUUAAGUGCUGGAUCUGAUACACUGGAAUGUCCAUCAAGUAAUGUCAUAUCUACAAAGUACAAGUGUAACGUAAAAGGAGAAUGGGUGGAUUGCACUAGGCAAAACUGUUGCAACGACUACAUAUUUAUAGCGGGAAGGUGCGUUCAUAAGGAUCAAGAUCCGUGUUCCAUGAGUUUAUGCGAGCAGAAGUGCACUGUUUACUUACAAAGGAUAAUUUGUUCUUGCUUCGAUGGAUAUAAGUUUAAUGCUAAUAAUCAAAAGCAGAGGAUAACGCCCGCCUGCGAAGAUAUAAACGAAUGCUUGGAUGGGAAUGGUGACUGCGAACAAGAUUGUAUAAACGAGCUGGGAACUUACAGAUGCGCCUGCAAAGAAGGCUUUAGAUUGCGAGCAGAUAAUAGAACAUGCGAAACGACAAAUCCGUCUCCAGAAGGAUUGGAACAGCCAGUUCACAGAGAUAAAUGCUAUGCAAGCUGCGAAACCGUCGUUCGACUACACGACAAGCUGAAAACGCUGCAAGAGAAGUUGUCGGCGUUGAGUACUGCUAUACGAUUAUCGAGUUUUGCUUCUGGACCGCCGGGGCCCGCCGGCCCACCUGGUGCACCCGGACCAAUAGGGCCAAGGGGAUUUCCUGGACCAGAAAUGAUUCCAAUGAAUCCCAAAGUGCAGCCAGAUUACACAUAUUCAAUGCUGGAUGCCUUUGUACCUUUGCCAGGUGAUGAGAUGACUCAAUGCAAAUGCAAACGAGGAGCACAGGGUGAUCAUGGUCCACCUGGAGCUAGAGGACCGAAAGGCGAUUUAGGCGAACGAGGUCCUCGCGGAGAAAAAGGGGACAAAGGUGAUUUUGAUUUCUUAUUGCUUUUACUGGCAGAUAUCAGGCAUGAUAUUGUGCAUCUUCAAAAUAGAGUCUACGCCAAUGGGGAAAAACCACCCAAAUUUGAUUUCGAAAUGGCAUUGGAGAGACGUCGCGACAAAGAACGACGCAGAUUAUUAUCACAAACAAAAUUACUUCAAGCAUUUGUUGCAUCCACGCAGAGCACCAUAAAAAAGGAUUUCACAAUCAGUGGUACCACUGAAAGUGUUGGAUCAGCAUCCGUAAAAGAUGAUAUAGGUGAAUUUCAAGAUAUUGGGCAAGUUACUAAUUUAGACGAGUACAUCGAUGACUUAGAUUAUGACGAAGGUUCGGGUGAAAUGACAGAUGAAGACUAUUUUUAGACAAAUACACAGGCCUUCGAUGUGCUUAUAAAUCGAUGAACUAACGUAACGUGUAGUUGUAGACUACAGUGGUCGCGCUGUAAUAAUGUAAGAAUUAAAAAAUAAAGAGUACCAAUUU